AUGACUUUCCUCACGGAGCUCAAGUCCUUGAUGGUCCCGACAUCUCUUGAUACUGCACCAACUCCGACUUCAGGCUCUAGAGCCCCAUCUAACGACAUACUUGCCUUUCCAGAUCAGGAGGGGAGGCCUGUGAUUAUCACGUUUCUUCGGCACUGUGGAUGUCCGUUUGCGGAGAAAACGUUCCGCGUAUUAUACGAGGCCGCAAAAUUGCAUGAAGACAUAGCAUUCAUUGCAGUUUCUCACUCCUCACCCUCUCAUACUACCUCCUGGGUCGAUUCCCUCGGUCUAAAGGACUCCGAGUUGCCCAACCUUCGAGUUAUCGUCGACGAAUCUCGUUUCCUAUACGCUACCUGGGGCCUUGGCACAUCUUCGUUCUUUCACUGGAUGUCGCCAUCGUCCAUGUGGGGGGCUAUCAAGAUGGGGCGGGAGGAGGGAAUUUGGAAUAGGCCCACUGAAAGCGGAAGUAGGUGGCAGACGAGUGGAAGCUGGGCUGUUGAUGCUGAGGGUAUAGUGAAAUGGGGUGCAUCGAGUGAGAGGGCGGAUGAUGAGAGGGUAUGGAAGUUCGAAGAAGCGUUGAACGCCCUGACUACUUGA